CUAUGAUGACUAACACUAUUAACUAACUGUUUGGAAAAAAAUAUUUAGCUUUAAUAAAGGCAAAAGAUAAUUUUUUCAGAAAAUUAUACUCAACUUAUGGGGAAGUUUAUGCUGGGGCAUAAGCCAAACUGUCUAUAGACGUGUCUGUCUUCUAAUGAAUCCGGUGUGAAGAUGGUUGUUGCGUCGGCAAAAUAUUUUAAAACUUCCAUGUCAAACGCAGCAGGAUGGAAAAGUUUAAUAACAUUUACGGUACUUUUAUUGGCCUGGCUGUCAGGCUUUGCAUCUCGCCUGUUUGCUGUCAUCAGAUUCGAAAGCAUCAUUCACGAAUUUGAUCCAUGGUUCAACUACAGAGCGACAGCGUACAUGGUCAAGAAUGGCUUCUACAACUUCCUCAACUGGUUCGACGAGAGGGCGUGGUACCCUCUGGGUCGGAUAGUCGGAGGCACCGUCUACCCAGGCCUCAUGCUCACUUCCGGGAGCAUCCACUACAUUCUGCACGCCCUUAACAUCCCGGUGCACAUCCGGGACAUCUGCGUGUUCCUCGCGCCAACGUUCAGUGGCUUGACCGCCAUCGCGACAUACCUGCUGACGAAGGAGUUGUGGUCGGCGGGGGCAGGCCUGUUUGCGGCUUGCUUCAUAGCUAUAGUGCCAGGCUACAUAAGCCGCUCAGUGGCGGGGAGCUACGACAACGAGGGAAUAGCCAUCUUUGCAUUGCAGUUUACUUAUUACCUCUGGGUAAAAUCUGUGAAAACAGGCUCAGUCUUUUGGGCAUGCAUGACUGCUUUAUCUUACUUCUACAUGGUGUCGGCGUGGGGUGGCUACGUGUUCAUCAUCAACCUGAUCCCGCUGCACGUGUUUACACUGCUGCUGAUGGGCAGGUUCUCCAACCGCCUCUUCACCAGCUACACCACCUUCUACAUCCUGGGGCUGCUCUUCAGCAUGCAGAUCCCGUUCGUCGGCUUCCAGCCCAUACGCACCAGCGAGCACAUGGCGGCGACCGGGGUGUUUGCUCUCCUGAUGUGCAUCGCAGUCCUCAAGUACCUGCAGUCCGUGCUGUCCAAGUCUGAGUUCAAGUACUUCUUCACCGUGUCUGCCCUCCUUGCUGCGGGCGUGGUGUUCCUGACCGUCGUCGGCCUCACCUACGCCGGUUUCAUCGCGCCCUGGAGCGGCAGGUUCUACUCUUUAUGGGACACAACAUACGCAAAGAUCCACAUCCCCAUCAUUGCGUCGGUGUCGGAGCACCAGCCCACGACGUGGUUCUCCUUCUUCUUCGACCUGCACAUCCUGGUGACUACGUUUCCUGUGGGGCUGUGGUACUGCAUCAAGAACAUCACAGACGAGCGAGUUUUCGUGGUGCUGUAUGCGUUGAGCGCCGUGUACUUCGCGGGAGUGAUGGUGCGCCUGAUGCUGACUCUGACGCCUGUGGUGUGCAUCCUGAGCGGCGUGGCAUUCUCGCGCCUGCUGGAGCUCUUCCUCAAGGAGGAGGAGAGUCCGCAGCUCACCGACUCUGACACCGAGGACGAGAGCGGUGCCGGGGAGAAGGGCAGCCGCAACCUCUACGACAAGGCUGGUAAACUGCGCAAGAUGAAGCAUGAGCAGCAGAAGGAGACGGACGGGCUCGGCGUGAACAUACGCAGCAUCGUGAUAUUCGCCGUGCUCAUGAUGCUGAUGAUGUUCGCCGUGCAUUGCACCUGGGUGACCAGCAACGCCUACUCCAGCCCCAGCAUCGUGCUCGCCUCCUACAGCCAAGACGGAUCUAGACAAAUCCUAGACGACUUCAGAGAAGCGUACUACUGGUUGUCCCAAAACACUGCGAGUGAUGCCAGAGUGAUGAGCUGGUGGGACUACGGCUACCAGAUAGCGGGAAUGGCCAAUAGGACCACGCUAGUUGACAACAACACUUGGAAUAAUAGCCACAUUGCUCUGGUAGGCAAAGCGAUGUCAUCGAACGAGAGCGAGGCGUACAAAAUCAUGACUUCUCUAGACGUAGAUUACGUGCUGGUGAUUUUCGGCGGUGUGAUUGGCUACUCGGGUGACGACAUCAACAAGUUCCUGUGGAUGGUUCGCAUCGCAGAGGGCGAGCACCCCAAGGACAUCCGGGAGAGCGACUACUUCACCGAUCGUGGUGAGUUCCGUGUUGACGCAGAAGGAACUCCGACACUUCUCAACUGCCUCAUGUACAAACUGAGCUACUACAAAUUUGGGGAAUUCAAGAUGGACUACCGGAGCCCAGCUGGGUUCGACAGAACUAGGAAUGCAAUAAUUGGGAACAAGAAUUUCGACCUGACAUAUCUGGAUGAAGCCUAUACAACAGAGCACUGGCUUGUGAGAAUAUACAAAGUGAAGAAACUUGAUGAAUUCAACCGUCCUAGAAUACCGGUCACGGAGCGCAAGAUAAAGCGAAGCAAGGUGUUUGUUUCGAAGAAGACUAAUAAGCGUAAGAAAGGUUCGAUUAAGAACAAGCCCGCCGUGGUGAAGGGGAGGAAAGUGGGUGCCGGCACUGCGACGGCGUCCUAGUGCGAACGCGGUGCGAACCCGCCCGCCACAGCGUGCCUCUCACGAAACACUCGCCGUUCACGACGCGAGUCCGCCCGCCCGCCCGCCUGCAGACUUGUCGCAACCAAAGGUGUUUCUGUGAUUCGUCGUGCAAAUAUUCCUUUUUUUUUAAUAGGCAAUUUUUCUGUCUUUUGUUAUGAUUUAUAACUGGUUGAUAGUGAUGCUGUGUAGAAUGUUUUGUAAAUAAAAUGUUUGUGGAUGUUUUAGUGAA